AUGCCUCCCAGGAAAGAACUCUGCAGGAAUUUUAUGCGCGGGAGCUGUCAUUUUGGUGAACGAUGCAAGUUUCUUCAUGCUGCUCAAACACCUUCUACAUCAAAUCCUUACGGUUCUGGUGUGCAAAAUGGCAAUUUCCGUCAGCAGUCAAAUCAACAACAGCAAAAGCCAAAUCCUUUUGGGUUCGGUGUGCAAAAUGGCAAUCAAACUCAAUCAAAUCGUUAUGGAUUUGGUGUUCAGACCAAUUCGCAAGCCAAAGGAGGAUUUAGUGAUUUUGGUUCCAAUCAGUCCAAGCCUUUUGAAAACACGUGGUUUAGGCCCCAGACAAAUGCUGGAGGCUCUUCUGCAUCCCGGCAACCUGAUAAUCAGUCACGCUCUCACAAGUGCACAGAUCCAGGGGCAUGCAAGAGUGCGAUUGCUGCAGACCUCAAGGAUGAGAAACCUUUGUGGAAGCUCACUUGUUAUGGUCAUAGUAAUAAUGGACCUUGUGAUAUCGUUGGUGAUAUUAGUUAUGAAGAACUGCGAGCAUUAGCUUAUGACGAUGGGAAGCGUGGAUUGAGCCUGCAAACAAUUGUUGAGAAGGAGAGGACCUUAAUAAAUGCUAAGGUCGCUGAGUUUGACAGCCUAAUCCGUAAUCUUAACAAUGUCCCGUUGAACUCUGCUGCUGGUAUUCAGAGUCCUUUUCAUGAUGACACAAGGAAUUCCAAUAAUCCAACUUCUUUCUCAAGUUUCAGUAAUUUGGCCCCAUCAACUUCAGGAGCUACUUCUCCUCCGAUUAAUUUCUUUGGUCAACCUCAUCCGUCCCAGAAUAGCCCUACACCAGGUUCAUUUGGCGGCCAACUUCUUUCCCAGACUCUUCAAAACCCCUUUGGCCGCUUUUCCACAGGCUUUAAUAACAACAUUCCCCCCAGUACACAGCAAAAUCAAUUUUUCUCCUCAACAGUCUCAUCACAGAUCUCUAACUCUGCUGGUAACCUUCACAAUGGAUCUUUUUCUGGUGGAUUAUCCAUGGAUAGCGCGAAGUUGAACCUUAACAACCCCCCUGCGGACACUCUUGAUGGGGACGACAGUAUUUGGACAAGCGAGACCUGGACAAUUGGGAAGAUACCGGAAUCAGCUCCUCCGGCAAAAUAUUGUCGCUAG